AUGUGGAAAAGGGCGAAGAACACAGGUCCCAGCACCAACAGACGAAACUUCUCCAUCGUUCAUCAAUACAUUCAACGUUUUAAUGAGGUGUCCGGCAACAAGACAGCUGUCAUCCGGAGAAGAUCGAAGAUUCCUGGAGUAAUGAUCACGCAGUAUGUAGUAAACAUGCCAGAGGGAAAAAGCACCCCAGAUUUCCAGUGUAAACCAAUCCCAGUAACCGUUAAAGAAGGGAAAUUAGCUGUUUUCAAGGCCAUGGUUACAGGGGAUCCAAAACCAGAGGUGUCAUGGAGAAGAACCAAAGGGACAAUUUCAGACAAGGACAAAUUUCAGAGUAAAUAUGAUGAAUCAACUGGAGAGCAUAUAUUAGAGAUUCACAAAGUGUCUGCUGUGGAAGCAGAUACAUACAAAUGCUAUGCUGUGAACGAAUAUGGCAAAGCUGUCUGCACAACAACACUGAAUGUGACUGAGGCUUCAACAAAUCCAUCAGAUUUCAGAAAACUGCUGCGGAAAAGUAAAGUAGAGCAAAACCAGGAAAAACAAGCAGAUGGUGAAACUGAUAAAAGAUUCUGGGACACGAUGCUGAACGCUGACAGGAAAGACUACGAGCGUAUCUGUACUGAGUUUGGUGUUGCAGACUUGGAUUUGAUUCUUAAGAAACUGGAGGAGAAGAAGAGGGACAGAGUGCCUAAUAUGUAUAAGGAUGGUGUGAUUCCCUAUGAUGAAGAUGCAACAGAGAAAAGCAGCCUAAAGCGUGCUGGGAGGACAGAUUUUAGAAUCAAGGGCCUGAUGCAAAAGGACACCGGGCUAAAUCAGGUGGAUGAAGAUGUCAACCUUCUCAACACAGGCCUGAAUCAGGUGGAUGAAGACGUCAACCUCUUCCCUGCAGACUUUAAACUUUCCAAUGUGGACUUUGUUAUCAAAAUUCAGGAGGUUAAUGCUCAAGAAAGAGAGGCUGCCCUUUUUGAGUGUGUCCUGACACACCCUCUACCCCGAAUCACAUGGAUGGGCAAGGGCAGUGUCCUGGAGGAUGGAGAGAAAUACAGCAUAACCGUGUCAGACCACAAAUUGAUCCAUAGGCUGAUGAUCAAGGACUGCAAGCAGCUGGACAAAGGCAUCUAUUCAGCUGUAGCUGGCAUUACAUCCUGCAGUGCCUGGCUGGUUGUGGAAGCUGAGAGUGACCCUGCGUCUGCUGGUAAGAAGAAAGAUCGUAAAACUACCUUGGCUGGUGGAGCACGGGCCGACCUUGAGAAAGUGGCAAUAGAACAACAAAUAAAAAACCGAGAGGAAAUGGAGAAGAUUUUAGCAUCUGUAAAAGCAAAAUAUGAAGGAGGACAACAGAAAGACAAGAAGACAUUAACCACUAGUGAAAGAGAUGGUGAAAUAACUGCAGUCACUGGACCGGGUAAAGAUAGCAGAGCAGUAAAGGACAACCCUAAUGCCACAAAAGCCAGUGCCAUGUCUGACUCAACAGGGAGCAAAGAUAAAGCAAAGAUCCACAACUCAAGAGGAGAUGGCACAGUUACAGCAUUAGAUAGAGAGAAAGAAAUGCAACUGAGAGUACAUGAACCUAAGAACAAGAAACACACUAGAUCUGGUCAAGCGGAUUUUGACAAGGUAACAGAAUCCAGCAGCAAAAAUGUUGAUGUCCAAUUAAGCCACAAACACAACACAAAGAAGGUCCAAUGGAAACCAGAAACAUCUGUCUGUGACUACAACACAGAUCCAAAUGAGCUAGCAAGUGAUGAUGAAGCAAGUGACAGUGAUGACAAUGAAGACUCUACUGGCCAGAAGAAUUCAGGUUCUUCAAAGGAAAGCCAACAGCCACAGAAAGCAGUCAAUGAUCCAGGGGUUCAGUUCAUCUGUGGUUUGUCUGAUGUCACCGCGAUCAUCAAUGAGAGUGCAGUGUUAAUAUGUAAGCUCAGCAAUGAAGACUGCGAGGGAGCCUGGUUCAGAGACGGCAAAAAGAUAUCCCCAGAUGACGAUAUCACUAUCACUAACGAUGGUGCAAUCCAUCAAUUAGUCAUAAUCAGGUGCAGGGAAGAGCACUCUGGGAAAUACCGUUUUGAGGCAGAUGGUCGUAAAACAGAGGCGAUGAUCAACGUCAAAGAUCCCCCAAGGUUUGACCCUAAAGACAUCAGUGCGUUCACUGAGCCUGUGAAAGUUAAAGUGGGGCAAAAUGCCAUUUUUAAACUGCAUUUUGUUGGCCAUGAACCCAUAAAGAUUCAGUGGUACAAAGAGGGAGAAGAGCUCCAAGAUGACAACAAUACAAAGAUUGAGAAAUCUGCAAGUCACAGCCGCUUGCUCCUGAGCAGGUGCCAGAGGAAGGACACAGGAGAGAUCAAGAUCAAGCUCAAGAACGAACAUGGCUUCACUGAGGCAAUUUCACAGCUAAUUGUGCUUGAUAAACCUACUUCACCCCUGGGCCCUGCAGAGGUAACAGAGAGUUCAGCUAUAUGUAUUGAAUUUAGGUGGAGGCCUCCAAAGGAUGAUGGUGGCUCACCAGUGAUUAACUACAUAAUGGAGCGACAGCAAGUAGGACGCAACACCUGGAAGAAAAUAGGGGAAAUCCCAGGUGUGCCCAGCUACCGCGAUACAGAUGUGGACCAUGGCCGGAAAUAUUGUUACCGUAUUCGGGCAGUGACUGCGGAGGGUACAAGUGAAGUGAUGGAGACUGAUGAUAUGCAAGCCGGCACACUCGCUUUUCCAGGCCCUCCAGCACCUCCACAGGUGGUCAGCGCCUCUGACGACUGCAUCAACAUUUCCUGGGCUUCACCAAGUAACCGAGGAGGUUCACGUAUCCUCGGCUAUAUUUUAGAGAAACGCAAGAAGGGGAGUAACCUCUGGACCGUUGUCAAUGCCAUGGAUGAACUAAUAAAAGAGAAGAAAUAUGCUGUGAAAGAUGUUGUGGCAGGUAUGGAAUAUGAAUUCAGGGUUACUGCCAUAAACCUCUCAGGAGCUGGUGAAUUUAGCAGCCCGUCAGAGUUUGUUUUUGCACGGGAUCCCAAGAAGCCUCCUGGAAAAGUCACAAACCUGAAGGUGACAGAAACUUCUUAUUCCCACUUGGUCCUGACUUGGACCAAACCUGAGGAUAAACCAGGCAUACAGGAUGAAGCAAAGGGAUAUUUUGUUGAGAUUCGGCAGGCAGAGACCAUUGAAUGGUCCCGCUGUAAUACCACCCCCAUCAUCACGACUUCAUUCAGUGUGAAAGGCCUUAAGUCCAUGGAUAUGUACUGGGUGAGAGUGAUUGCGACUAAUGAUGGAGGAGAGAGCACUCCAGCGGAGUUGGCCAACUAUGUCCUUGCAAUGCCCUCGCCUGUGAGGCCAAAGUUCACCAACCACAAGAUGAAGAGUUUUAUGGUGGUGAGGGCAGGAAACUCUGUCAGAAUCACAGUGAACUUUGAGGCCUCCCCACGGCCAGAUAUUAUAUGGCUAAAGGACAAUGUGCCAGUAACAAAGCGAGUUACAAUCAGUAACUCUGACGGAUCAUCCCAGCUGCUGAUCCCCUCCUCUGAGCGCUCUGAUUCUGGCAUCUACUCCAUUUUGGUGAAAAAUCUUGCAGGACAGGAGACAUUUAGUACAGAGGUCAGAGUCACAGAUGAUCCAAAGCCUCCUGGACCGGUAGAACUGGAGGAAAACGUCCCUGGCACAGUGACAGUGAUCUGGGAGCCUUCUCCUGAUGAGAAGCGUGAUGACCGCCUCCACUACACAGUGUCCAAACUGGACUCUGCCAAACGCACGUGGACCACAGUGGCUGACAGACUCUUCAAUAACAAGUUCACAGUUAGCAAUAUCAUGCACGGGAGGGAAUAUAAUUUCCGGGUUUAUGCCAAAAACGACAUGGGAAUAUCUGCACCCUCAGAGUCACCAACCUGGGGGACGGAGAAGAAGAAAGAAAAGUUUGUGCUGAGUACACCGACCAGAAAGGACUGUGAUUUGCGAUGCGCCCCAACCAUUGUUGUGCCUUUGAAGCUUCACACUGCACCAAAAGGCUAUGAAUGCUACAUGAGCUGUGCAGUGACGGGAAAUCCCAAACCUCGUGUCACUUGGUAUCGAAAUCACAUCAGCCUAAACACUAACGCCAAUUAUUACAUCUCCAACACGUGUGGAGUUUGCUCCAUGUUGAUUCUCCGCGUAGGCCCCAAAGACAUGGGAGAGUACACAGUCACUGCAGAGAACGCCCUCGGACGUGCUGAAUGCUCCACCAGCCUCAGUGUCAGAGAGUGA